AGACGCUCAUUCACCGGCGCAGCUGUCACCAUAACAACCGGAGCGAGGGAAUCCUGGCGACUGCCGGGGCGGGGGGCGGGGGCGGCGGUCGCAGGAGGGACCCGGCGAGGGCGGCACCGCGGCGGUCGGGGGACACCAGCCGCGUCGGGAGCCCCCAGUACGCCCCGCGCUCCGCCGAGCCCCGCUCUAUGCAGACCCGCGGGCCGGAGGGAGCCAAGCACAUCGCCGCCGCGGCCGUCCCCGCGGGGCGGUGACCGAGCCUGCCUCGGAGCCGCCGAACGCCCACGCCGGGGGCCCUGACUCUAUGGCCCGGGGGGAGCGCGCCGGAGCCGCCGCGUCGCCCACCCCCAGCCGGAACCCGAGCGUCCCGGGCAGCAAGCGGGGAGCCCCGGGCGGCCCCGGCCCCGGCCCAGGGCCCUGCUUGUGGCCCCCGCUCCCGCCACGGGGCAUGGGAGGCAGGUAGCCCCGCUCGCGCCAGGACACCCGCGGCGGGCGGGACCCGCCAAGGACCGCGAAGUCCCGAGAAAGGAAGCAGAGAAGAGGCCCGCCCGCCCCCGGCCGCAGCCCCAACAGGGCCCUCCCCCGGCGGCGCGCACCCGCGCGCGCACACUCGCACACCGCACCUCCGCUCCUCUCCGGCCUCGCCCCCACCCGCGAGCGCCGAACCCCCUGGGGCCGGAUGCCAUGGGUAACAACUUCUCCAGUAUCCCCUCGCUGCCCCGAGGAAACCCGAGCCGCGCGCCGCGGGGCCACCCCCAGAACCUCAAAGACUCCAUCGGGGGCCCCUUCCCCGUCACUUCUCACCGAUGCCACCACAAGCAGAAGCACUGCCCAGCGGUGCUGCCUGGUGGGGGGCUCCCAGCCACGCCGCUGCUCUUCCACCCGCACACCAAGGGCUCCCAGAUCCUCAUGGACCUCAGCCACAAGGCUGUCAAGAGGCAGGCCAGCUUCUGCAACGCCAUCACCUUCAGCAACCGCCCAGUCCUCAUCUACGAGCAAGUCAGGCUGAAGAUCACCAAGAAGCAGUGCUGCUGGAGCGGGGCCCUGCGGCUGGGCUUCACCAGCAAGGACCCGUCCCGCAUCCACCCUGACUCGCUGCCCAAGUACGCCUGCCCCGACCUGGUGUCCCAGAGUGGCUUCUGGGCCAAGGCGCUGCCUGAGGAGUUUGCCAAUGAGGGCAACAUCAUCGCAUUCUGGGUGGACAAGAAGGGCCGUGUCUUCCACCGCAUCAACGACUCGGCUGUCAUGCUGUUCUUCAGCGGGGUCCGCACGGCUGACCCGCUCUGGGCCCUGGUGGAUGUCUACGGCCUCACGCGGGGCGUCCAGCUGCUUGAUAGCGAGCUGGUGCUCCCAGACUGCCUGCGGCCGCGCUCCUUCACCGCCCUGCGGCGGCCGUCGCUGCGGCGCGAGGCGGACGACGCGCGCCUCUCGGUGAGCCUAUGCGAUCUCAACGUGCCGGGCGCGGACAGCGACGAGGCCGCGCCGGCCGCCGGCUGCCCUAUCCCGCAGAACUCACUCAACUCGCAACACAGCCGCGCGCUGCCCGCGCAGCUCGACGGCGACCUGCGUUUCCACACCCUGCGCGCCGGCGCGCACGUCCGCAUCCUCGACGAGCAGACAGUGGCGCGCGUGGAGCACGGGCGCGACGAGCGCGCGCUCGUCUUCACCAGCCGGCCCGUGCGCGUGGCCGAGACCAUCUUCGUCAAGGUCACGCGCUCGGGUGGCGCGCGGCCCGGCGCGCUGUCCUUCGGCGUCACCACGUGCGACCCCGGCACGCUGCGACCGGCCGACCUGCCCUUCAGCCCUGAGGCCCUGGUGGACCGCAAGGAGUUCUGGGCCGUGUGCCGCGUGCCCGGGCCCCUGCACAGCGGCGACAUCCUGGGCCUGGUGGUCAACGCCGACGGCGAGCUGCACCUCAGCCACAACGGCGCGGCCGCCGGCAUGCAGCUGUGCGUGGACGCCUCACAGCCGCUCUGGAUGCUUUUCGGCCUGCACGGGACCAUCACGCAGAUCCGCAUCCUCGGCUCCACCAUCCUGGCUGAGCGUGGUAUCCCAUCACUCCCCUGCUCCCCUGCCUCCACGCCAACCUCGCCCAGUGCCCUGGGCAGCCGCCUCUCUGACCCCUUGCUCAGCACGUGCAGCUCUGGCCCUCUGGGUAGCUCUGCUGGCGGGACAGCCCCCAACUCGCCAGUGAGCCUGCCUGAGUCGCCAGUGACCCCAGGUCUGGGCCAGUGGAGCGAUGAGUGCACCAUUUGCUAUGAACACGCGGUGGACACGGUCAUCUACACAUGUGGCCACAUGUGCCUCUGCUACGCCUGUGGCCUGCGCCUCAAGAAGGCUCUGCACGCCUGCUGCCCCAUCUGCCGCCGCCCCAUCAAGGACAUCAUCAAGACCUACCGCAGCUCCUAGCCCUUUGCGGUGGCCCGCCCUGCACACCCAUCUCCUUGGGCUUCAGCCCAGCCCCAGCUGAGGAACAAGCCAGUGGGGCCCCUUCUCUUCCUCAUUUUGGAAACUUUUCCUCCUCCAUUAAACAUGGGAAACUGAGGCCCUUGAAGGUUUGGGGAGAGGGGGGUAUCAGGCAGGGAGGGGGCAGAGGCAAAUCGCCAGGCAGAGGGAGGGGAGGAGAGGAGGCCGCCUUCUCCCUGUCUCUCCCUUCUCUGCACCCAGCUCUUCUCUGCAUGCUGAGGGCUAAAUUGGGAUCUCAGCCUGCCCUAAUCUUUCCCCAUCUGGGGCAGGUUUCUAGGAGGUGUCUGUAGUCCAUGUGGCACCUUUGUGAGAAUCAGAAGACUUGUACCUUCCUCUGGGAAGCUGCAGCCCUAAGCCAGGGCAUGGGGCCUGGCUAGUGCAGUGUGGACUGGAUUUUAGGCUCAUUUGCUCCCUCAGCCAACUGCGCUUGAGCAGUGUACAGCCUGCUCAACAACCGCCCUGAGCAGGCCGCUCCUGAGCUGCUAUCUCCCUCUCUGACCUAGGCCUACUUUCUCUUUCCUCGUUCCCUGCCCAAUGGGCAUGGCAGCUGGGGGUGAGAGGCUGGUGGGUGCCUCCUGUCCUGGGCAGGCUGCAGCCUCAUGCCAUGUCUCUCUCCCACUACCCGAUGGGCACAUGGACAGGCUGCAGAGGGCUCCAGGUUCUGGGCCCCUGGCUGAGAAGGGGAGGACCCUGUCCUGGCUGUAGCCUUCCUGCCCCAAUCAUCUCGCUGGAUGCCGCUGCCCAGGGGUAGCCCUUCGGUAUAGGCUGGGGAAAAGGGUUGGUCUUCUGCCACGGUCCCUGAGAACAGGUUUGCAGCUACCCUCUCAGACCUUUUCCCCACAUCUUGUGCUGUCCAGGGCCUGGGCUGAUAGAGCCUGCGGCAGGCCUGGGAUGGGCCAGGGCCCCAGGUGGGGAGGUGUGCGUUCCCUGGGCCAAGACCAGCCCUUUUCCUCAUUUUAAUUAAUUUAUUUGGUUUGUGGUUUGGGGUUUUUUUGUUUGUUUGUUUGUCUGUAGGUGAGUUCCCAUCCUCUGGGCCCCUAGAAAUACUGCCCUUGUGUAUGGGGUACCUGGGAAAGGGUGCGACUGAGGCAGGCAUCACUCAGUAUCUUCCUCCGACUCCAGCCACAAAGCUCACACCCAGCCCUGCCAAUCAUGAAUUGGAACUCCAUAAGGAGGGGCCAAAUUGGGAGGCCUGUUGGCAAACAGUAUCCAUUUUACAGAGAGGCAAACCGAUCCUCCUUAGUGCCAUGGGGCUGGUGGUCACCCAGAGCCAUAGAGCAUCCUUCCUCCUGGGCCAGAGCUGGGUUAUCAUGGUUGACUCAGGUACGUCAGGUGGCCCAGGAGGUCCCCCGUCCAUAAGGACGUCAAACUUCCAGGAGGGCUAGUGUUCCCAGUGUGGGCCAGGAACAGGACAGGGGGGCCUUGUGACGGCAGGGCAGGGAGCCUGUAGGGAAGAUGAGGAGGCAGGGUGUGCCUCUCACACCUCCAGGUUCUCAUUCUAAGUUCUGGGGAGGGAGCGCUCCACCUGCUGAGGUUGGUCCUCUCAGCCCUGCCUGCCCUGGCCUGGGCUCUCCCAGCCUCCCAGCCCUCUGCCCCCUCAGAUGGCUUUUUGUUUUUGUUUUUUUGCAUCCAUCAGAGACUGCUCCUCUGUGUGGCAGGCAGGGCAUGGGUUUUAGUCCUGGCCACUAACCAGCUGUGUGGCCCUGGCUGAGAUGUAGCCCCGGGAGCCCCAGCUUCUACUUCUGUAAAAUGGUUGUUUGGGGAGAGAGGGGCAGGCUUUCUGUGUGACUGUCAGUUCUUCCGUGAGGGCUGCCAUGGGGUGGUGUGCCAGGACCUCAGGCUGGGCCUUUGUGGAAGUCACUGUCCCACUAUGGGUCUCCACUCCCCAGUCACUGACCAUGGGAGACCCCUUUUGUGGGAGGGAGCGGGGGCUGGCUAGUGGGCCCCCCAGCCAGGGACCCCAGAGGCUGAGGGUUGGGGAGAGGAAGCCAUCAUCUCAUUACCUCUGUCAGUGCAGGGGUGGCUGCUGCUUCCCUCGUGCACUCGGGUCGCUGUGAUUGUGAAUAAAGGUGAUUUCGUACCAGCCUGAGGGCUGUGCUGUGCGCGGAGCACUGGGGAAGGAGGGCCAGCGUGUGCGUGCACAUGUGGGGGCAGGCUGGGGUGUGGGAGGGCUGGUGUCCUGGGUACUAGGGGAGUCAUCAGGAGGGGUGGCCCUUCCCUCAGGGGUAAUUGCAGGCCUCUGAGGCUUCACGGUGGGCUGGGACAAUUGGGGAAGACUCCCUGGAGUCAGGGGCUGGAGCGUGACUUGGGGCUAGAAUGCCAGGUGAGCCUUGUAAAUUGGGAGAGGCCACUGCGUCUGUGAGGAGCAGGGUGUGGUGGGGAAGGUGCCCUGGGAUUCCAUGAGGAAGCUUGGCUUUCCGUUAAGGUUGAGCAGGGCUCAAAUCUGCUGCUUGUGGGGGGGUGCGCAGUGCCACCUAGGGGCUAAUGGGACGAUGACAAGUGGUCGACUCAGGUCAUCAGGGGCUGUGCUCUGAGCUCCCCAGGAACAAGGCUUCCACCCCUCUCCCCAGGCUCAGACCCCCACAUCUGGAGGGAGCUCAGCUGUGUUCCCACUGGCGGGUGCAGAGGCCUGUACCAAAUGGGUGGUGCCACUGAGGAGAAAAGGGAGGCCUCUGGAUAGAGUCCUUUAAAGAAGUGUUCUAGGUGCGCCGAGUGAGCCGAGUGGUGGGGAAGGCUGAGGGGAGAGGGGUGGUGGGGAGGAGGCAGCCAGACUGGCCCCAAGGUCUAGGCACAGUGUUGGAAUUGAGCUCGUUUGGCAGUGCCAGGCCUCAGAGGUGUGUGGGAUACCUGCCUGCCCAUCCUGUCCCUGGGAGGAUGCUCAGGCUACCCAGCCUCUGCAUGGUCUUGCACAGCCAUGGCCUGUUCCUACGAUCAGGGCUACCCGGUCCUGCUUACUGGGGUCCAGCAAAAGCAGGAGAGGGUCGGGGGCCAUGCUAAGGGGGCAGCUAGGCCUGCUGGAUGUGGGUCCUUGGCCCCAAGAUCUGCAUCUUUCAAAGCCUUGGCCAUUGCCCAGAAAGCCUCCCAAAAUGGGGAAGAAGCUGGAGGAGCUUGACCAUGAUUCUCAGCCAGAGUGAGAGCUGGCUCAUGUCUGUAAUCCCAGCACUUUGGGAGGCUGAGGCAGGAGGACUGCUCGAGCCCAGGAGCUUGAGACCAGCCCUGGCAACAUAGCAAGAACCUGUCUCUACAAAUAAUAGAAAAAUCAUCUGGGCAUGGCGGUGCGCCUGUAGUCCCAACUACUCAGGAGGCUGAGGUGGGAGGAUUGCUUGAGUCUGGGAGGUUGAGGUUUCAGUGACCUAUGAUCAUGCUACUGCACUCCAGCCUGGGUGACAGCGUGAGACCCUGUUAAAAAAAAAAAAAAAAAAAAAAAAGGCGAGAGCUUACCUACCUCCCCCCACCCUCCAGUGUCCUUUCUUUCAGAGGGCCCUGGGAUCCUGGAGUCCACCUUGCAAUUUGAGAUAAUGGGACAUUUGCUAUUCAGCUGGAUGGGUUUUUUUUUUUUUGGUGACAGGGAGAAUUAAGAGGUGAUUCUGUUUGGUUAAAAAGGCCCAAAACUUUAUUUAGUUUUCAGGGAAAUAUAAGAUGCAUGUAAACAUAAACAAAAUACAAAACAAAACCCAAAUCUUAGUCUAGAAGCAUGCCAAGACAGAGCAUUUUCUGCAGACCAAAGAGUCCUGUCAAAGUGAUAAGGGACACCUGGAAAGUGGCAGGCCAAGGGGCUGGUCCCUUCCCCAAGGGCACUGCAUUUUUGUGAUGAGAUUAAAAACAAACCAACUCCACUAUUAAAAAUGUUAGAAACAUGGAGAUAGUUUAGCACCACCAUUGAUUCUGGAAAUAUUUCAGCACUCAAAUUGACUGCACUGACUUUAAUGUCCUUUCUCCAGUUUCUCUGCUGAGGAGGAAAGAAGGAAAACCUGGAAGAAGGGCUCCUCCUGACCCCACAGAGCCCACUAAGAGCUGGGAGGGGAAUUCCAUGAGGAAUUCUCCAAGGUUCUGGAGCUCCAGAGACGUCCACCAGUCCCCACCCAGCCAUGCAGUCCAUAUGCUCACGCUUCAGGGAUUACUGAAGUCUGCCUUGCCCGGGAGUCACUUCCUGCAGACCUCUGAGUACCUGGCUGGGAAACCCAUUUCCCAUCCUGUGUCCUGGAUUUAAAGAAAACCUGUUGCAGAUAAUGAGUUGUAAAUUCAAGAAGGGUGGCUGUUUUGCUGUUCUCUCUCUGCAGUAAACUCAUAUGGGGAGUGUGCCUUGGUUAUAAGGCACUGCAAAAUGGCAGGGUAUAUCCAUGGAUGAAUGCUCAUCAUACCCAGUCUUAAUUCAUACCAGGUGGCAGGCUCAGCAAACUGAACCACCACAGGUGUCAGAGAUACUUGAGAAUGACUGGUACCAACAGGAUGACAAAGGAGGUUGCCUUCCUCCCAGAUGUGCCCAAUGGAGUCUGAACCCUGGUUCUAAUUUGUGGAGGUGGGUCCUCACUGUUAUGACCCAUUGUGGUCACUGGUCUUUGAGCUAUACAACUUGAGAGGCUAGCUUUGGAUUGGACAGUCAAAGGGAAGUGGGCAAAACCAGCUGAGAAACCGGGAGCUGGAUGCAUGUAUUCUGGAAUCAGGGCCUGCAAACUCAAAGAUUGGUUUGUGGCUGGUGACUUCCCCUCUCUGCUAAGUAAAUCAGUGACCAUUCAUUGAGAACCGAUGGGGACCCAGCAUGUGGCCCAAUGAGUGGCAGUUUUUUUCUAGCCAGCUUCUGUGGCCAAAUUUAGAGGAUUUUCCAACCUGCUGUGGCUGGACCCUUGGGUGUUGAAUCACUAAAUUCCCUUUCUACCUGCUCUCUUCUUCCUGAAACACUCAGAACUGACUUCUUCCUUCUUUCUAAUCAACAAAGACAAAACUCCAAACCCCUUUUCAGCCUUCACACAACUUUUCUUUCUAGAAGACAUCCUCUUUUGGAAGCCGCCUUUCCUAGUGAAGGGCAGUAGGCCCCAGCUACCCCAAACAUGCACACGCUCUUCUUAUCAACGUGCCUCUCACUUGCCUCUAACGUGCUCGAGCCUUCCUUUUGCUCUAAAUAAUUCUUCCUCCCUCCUUCCCUUUUUCUCUUUCACCUCUUGAGGUUCAGCUUAUUGGCCAGAAUGGAACUGGGAGCAAGGCAGGGACCUUCAGUGCAGGGGACCCCAUUCUCUAAAGCCACUGAGUUCUAGGACUGCAGUAGGAGAGGGUGUUGAUUGUCAAGGUUAAUUGCAAACUUGAGAUUUUAAAAAGACAGGAUUGGGGAAGGGGGAUUGCGUGCUAAUCCCAACCUUAUAGACAGGCUGGGAUCAAGGCCUUGGAAGGUAGAGCCCUCCACCCAGUCUGUAAGCACCAGUGUGCCCACCUUAUGGCCUGGGGACCCAGGUUUGCAGGAGAGAAGUUAACAGUGGGGCUGUUUUCCCCAAAGCUGUGGGUCACACUCCUGUCUUCUCACUGGCUCUGAUCAUGCACCUUGGGAACCACAGAGACAUGAGACUGCACCAGACAGGGAUGAUGAUUUAGCCAGAAACUCAUGAAGGUCUAGCAGAGCCCUCCAUACUUCCCGGAAGUGUUCAGUCUGGCCCUGCAGUUGGGACUACACUUAUAUGCACCUGCAGGUCUUGUUGGGUGCACCAAGAGCAAGUUCUCACCCUGACCACCUGACCCACCCUCUGAAACAAGGAUGAAGGGACUGGAAGCUUUUAUUAUAAGGGGCUUCUCAUACCUAUGGCAUGACUGAAAGGUGGGAGUCAACCUGCUCGAUGACACAUCUGUAGGGGGUGGCCUAACUGAACCAACCCAAUGUUUCUAUACCCAGUGGCAUCUCUUUUGCACAUCUUCAUUUUGGAGCCUGGGAUGACUGCCUAGGCCGCUUAUGCUAGACCUGUUAAUGCCAGUGUGAAAUUUCCAACUAAAUACUUAAUAAAAUAAUUACAAAAA